UCCCACUGCCCAGAGCCAUAGAGCAAUGGCUAGCUGCCACCACCAGGUUGGUACGGGGCUACGCGCGCACAGUGGCAUCAGUGGCGGGACAACUGCACAGUUUGUGGGCCUACGGCCACACUGCGAUACCAUAGCCAAUGACAUUCUGCAAAUGAUACAUUGGGAAGUCUGAAUGUGCAGCUCAAAACAGACAUGGAGAUAAGCAAACUGAAAAAAGAAAAUGCCUUUCUCCGGAAGUCUCUGGAUGAACUUGCUCGUAAGAAGGGAGAGCCAUCAGAUUCCGAAAAUAACCAACUUUUACUAGAGAGAAUUAUAUCACUGGAGACUCUGCGUGAGAGGAACUCCCAACAGUUGUUGUCUAAGGAUGAGGAGAUAGCAUCUUUGCGGAGGCAUUUGCGUUUGACUGGUGGGGAGACCGUUGCCCAUCUACAGGCCCAGAUAGACCACUACCACAAGGAAGCAGAGCAGAGAGAGAGACUAUUCCAGUCCCUCCAAACUGAAACAGAGGACAUCAAGAACAAGCUGGUGGCUGUGUCUACUAAGUGCCAGGAGCUGGAGGGAAAAAAUAGCUGCUCAUCAGAUGGUCAGGUAUGCUCCAGCACUGCUGCUGUGAUCCAUGAGCAUCUCAGGGAUGCUCUCGACAAGAACCAGCAGUGGCUGGCUUACGACCAGCAGAGAGAGGCCUAUGUGAAGGCGGCUCUGGCCAGGGUGUUUGGACUGGAGCAGCAGCUGAACCAGGCCAAGCAGGCUCUCACACAGAAGCACAAUGAGGCCCAUUCAGACGAGAGGAAGUUAGUCCAAAUGCAGGAACACUAUGAGAAGCUGGUCCUGACAGCCAAGAGAGAGCGGGAGGCUGAGAGGGAGCAUGUCAAAACCACCCAGAGAGAACUGAAUGAUCUGCAGAGGAGGUGCGAGGAGAAGCAGAGGGAGAUGGAGAAGGCCAAGCAGCAUCUCCAGGAAGAGAGGCUAAACAGCAAGAGGAGUAUCCAGGAAGAGAGGCGUCGCUCUGGGGACAGAGAGAGUCGGCUGAGAGCCGAGGAAGAGGAGCUCGAGGCCAGGCUGGAGGGGGAAAUGCGGAGGUCUUCUGAGCUUCUGCUGCAGGUCAAUCUUCUCCAGAAGUCCCUUUUGAGUCAACAUGAAGACCAGAAUAAGAUCUCUGUUCUUGAACAGCAGAACUCUCACUUCAGUGACUUUGUGGACAAGCAGACCAAGUACACAACCAAGUCCAUGCUCUCCGCCCCCAUUAUGAGUGGCAAGGAGCCCAUUGGCAUUAUCAUGGCACUGAACAAGCAAGGGGCCGAGGAAUUCUCAAAGGGUGAUGAGGAUCUCUUCAAUAAGUAUGUGAACUUUGCUGCUGUGAUCGCCCUGCAGUACCACACUGCUUACAUGUGGGAUGUGGAGACCAGGAAAAGCCAGGUGCUGAUCUGGUCUGCCAGCAAAGUCUUUGAAGAGCUGACUGACAUUGAGAGACAGUUUCACAAAGCUUUGUACACAGUUCGGACAUAUCUUAAGUGUGAGAGGUACUCUGUGGGACUCCUGGACAUGACUAAAGAAAAGGAAUUCUAUGAUGAGUGGCCAAUCAAACUAGGAGAACAGGAACCAUACAAGGGGCCUAAGACACCAGAUGGCAGGGAAGUUAACUUCUACAAGAUCAUUGAUUACCUGUUGGAGGGCAAGGAAGAGAUCAAAGUUAUCCCGGGCCCCCCAGCCGACCACUGGGCACUUGUCAGUGGCCUUCCGUCAUACGUGGCAGAAAACGGAAUGAUUUGCAACAUGAUGAACGCUCCUGCAGAUGAGUACUUCAGUUUUCAGAAAGGACCAGUGGAUGAGUCUGGUUGGAUUAUGAAGAAUGUGCUGUCUCUGCCCAUCGUAAACAAAAAGGAAGAAAUUGUCGGCAUUGCCACUUUCUUCAAUAGGAUUGACGCCCGGCCAUUUGAUGAAAAUGAUGAACAGAUCACAGAAGCUCUAACCCAGUUCCUGGGUUGGUCCACACUGAGUUGUGACACCUAUGACAGACUGAACAAGAUGGAGAACAGGAAGGAUAUUGCCCAGGAGAUGCUCAUGUGCCAGACAAAGGCCAAACCAAGUGAAUUCCACAGCAUUCUGAACACUGAGGAGAAGCUGGGUAAGGUACCGGAGGACUGUGAGGAGAAAGAGAUGUACAAACUUCUGAGAACCAACAUCCCUGAGGCGAAGGAUGUGGAGCUCCUGGAGUUCCGUUUCAGUGACUUCCCUCUGUCGGAGACGGACCUGAUUAAGUGCGGCAUCCGCUGCUUCUUUGAGCUCAAUGUGGUGGAGAAGUUCAAGGUCCCCGCAGAGGCUCUGACAAGAUGGAUGUACACCGUUCGCAAGGGUUACCGUGACAUCACCUAUCACAACUGGAGGCACGGUUUCAACGUUGGCCAAACAAUGUUUGCUCUCCUCAUGACGGGCAAGCUGAGGAAGUACUACUCUGACCUUGAGGCCUUUGCCAUGGUUGCUGCUGGAUUCUGCCACGACAUUGACCACAGAGGAACAAAUAAUCUGUACCAGACAAAGAGCAUAUCUCCUCUGGCUAAGCUCCACACCAACUCGAUAAUGGAGAGGCACCAUUUGGAGUACAGCAAAACCCUGAUGGAGGAUGAGAACAUCAAUAUCUUCCAGAACCUUCAGAAACGCCAGUUUGAGACGGUGCAACACCUGUUCCAAGUCUGCAUCAUCGCCACUGACCUGGCUCUUUAUUUUAAGAAGAGGACAAUGUUCCAGAAAAUUGUGGAUGCCACAGAGCCCAUGGCAGAUGAGAAGGAGAGGAUCAACUAUGUUUCGAAUAACGCAACUAGGAAAGAGAUUAUUAUGGCAAUGAUGAUGACAGCUUGUGAUCUGUCAGCCAUUACAAAGCCAUGGGAAGUCCAGAGCAAGGUUGCUCUUAUGGUGGCGGCAGAGUUCUGGGAGCAGGGAGACCUGGAGAGAACCGUUCUAGAUCAACAGCCUAUUCCAAUGAUGGACAGGAAUCAUUCUGAGGAGCUGCCCAAGAUGCAGUGCGGCUUCAUUGAUUUUGUCUGCUCGUUUGUGUACAAGGAGUUUUCCAGGUUCCAUGUAGAGAUCACCCCUAUGUUUACUGGCUUGAACAUAAACAGAGGUGAGUGGAGGGCCCUGGCGGAUGUCUAUGAGGCCAAGAUGAAGGCUAUUGAGGAAGAGAAAAAGAAACUAGAAGGUGGUGGUGAAGAACAAGAGGGAGGAAAGUCAAAGACGUGUACUAUCUUCUAAAGCCACCAUCAAAGAACCAAUGAAAGUAUACAUUUGCUACUGUAUGUUCACGAAGAUGGUUGGGUGUGUGUGUGUGUAUGUUUGUAUGUGUGUGCGUGUGAGAGUAUCCAAUGGAUAAAGAAAGGUACAAUGGAAUUUCAACUGGUAAUCUGGAAAUUCUGUUUUCUACAUACCCAGUUUGACUGAUGGACAAAGACAUUUGCAAGGGGCAGUACUGGAUGUCUAUUGGAAAAUAAACAUGGCAUCUACAGUGUAAUUUAGAUCUGAAAUGCUCAGUGGCAUGCUAACUCACGAACAAUUUUUAACUUUAUGAAUAUUAUGUAUGAUCUCUUCAUAUAUAAAAGGUAUAAUGUUGUUGUAUAGAUCAUGUAUCCACAGAUUGUGGCACUUUCUCCCUUCAAGCUUUUGGGAUUUAAAAAAAUCAUAUUUUACCAUAAUAUACUUUUAUUGCCCCUAUUGGAUCAAUAAGGUACUACUCCUACUAUGCUAAAUAUAUAUAAAAAGUAGAGUUAUACUGUGUGCAAUUCUUAACUUAGCAAAACAGCUUCACACUGUAACUUAAUUAUUAUUUUAUUAAGAGAAUAUUUAUUUCAUCAUUGUCAUCAUACUCAGAUGUUAAGUUUAGUAAAUGUUUUGCAUGACCUUGCGCAGAAACAUUGUGCAAAUACCUCAUUGUUUUCCAUCCUAAGAAAUACAAUUUAUUGUAUUGUUGAAUGUAUCAUAUUAACUAUGUACAUCAUCACAUUCCACACUGUAAACCAUUAUGUUGUAAAGUAAAAUGAUUAUGGUUAUGUACCUCUUUUUAAAACUGAAAACAUAUGUCUAAACCCACAUGUUAAGAUGUAAGAAGAUUUGACUGAAUUGGAUUUAGUCAUAAGCCAGUUUUAGCCAAAAGGCUUUUAAGUCCCCCUGCUUACAUAAAGUAAAAUACUGCAACACUUUUGCCAAAAGUCAUGACUUCAAGGACCAAAUGGGACAUCCAAGUGUACCCUGCUGUACAUAAAUGCUUGUUUAGGAAAUAUGGACCCAGUACUAUUUAAUCUGUGUUAAAUGGCAUAUUGUUUCAUUGUGAAACAAAAAUUAUAUUGCAGCCUCAGGAAAAUGUUAUAGGGUUUUCUCAAUGUAAAGAUUUGUUUUUUAAAAGCAACACCUCACUGAGGUAUAACUUGUGACAUGGCUUGUCUGUGACUUGGUUGCUAAAUAUCAGAGCAUGCGUGUGAUGUUAUUUACAGAAUUACUGUAAAUGUCCUCCAUUUGAAACAAAGAAAAUAUUUGGGGCUAAUUCCCUUGUUAGUUUGACAUUAUUACACAUAAUGUACAUGUCUUCGAAAAGAGAUGAUUAUGUGUGUGUAAAAGCAUUAUAUUG